AUGUCAUCUCUCCAAGACAUACCCAUCGAAACCCUCACUUACAUUCUCGAGCCCAAAAAACCACGUCUCAUCCUCGACGGCCUCAUAGACCGCAUGUCACCAAUCUCCGCUCUCAGAGACCCAUUACCCAAAAACCGUGUCUGCGGGUCUCUUGAAAUUUUCCCCACAGAAAUCCUCCUCAAGAUCAUCGAAGAUCUUACCAUCAGAGACACGAUGCGUUUCCGACGCUGCUGCCGCUUCGCCAUGCACCUCGUCGACACCGAAUCGCCUCUACGGGAAUGA